AGGGGUUUCCGCUCCUUUUCCUCCUCAAAAAAAGAACGUAUCGUUUCACAUUGACAAAAAAACUUUUUGUUAAAGAAAACCUACAUUUUGUGGAUAUCUUGGCUGAUAUGAAACAAUUUAAGCAGAAAACAUAUGUUUUGGAACCAAAUGAUUCAUAUGAUGUAAAUGUAUAGCUUAUCUUGCUAAUAAUAAUAAUACAUUUGCAUCAUAUCAUAUUUAUCCAUUUCCAAUUUAAUGUAGUGUCUAGAAGUACGUUUCUGACAUGUUUAUUUUGUAAGGUUAAUGAAAUUGAAAAAUUAUUAAGAUUUAUGAAGAAAUAGACAAUAUUUCCGAUGUGUAGAACCUAUUAUGGACAAAUGUAACAGUAUAGAACUACUGAACAUGGAAAGGACUGCUCCAAGUUAUAACAAAAAUUUUAAUCUUGAUUCUUAUACUGUAGAGUCGAAAUCGAGUUCUUUAAAUUCUAAACAGGAGUCGACUAGCUGGGGUAAAACUUCACCAAGUAAAAGUUUCUGUUCAUCAACCUCCACAUCUACUGAAAAUGUAGUCUCUACACUUGAACAUAGAGAAGCUUUAAAGAUAUCGCCAGAAGCAAGUGUGUCUCUGAGACCAGACGAGCCUCCUUUGCUGCCAGGUGAAAAAGUUUGUGGUCAGGCAAGGGAUGUGACUUACUUGUGUCCAUAUUAUGGGCCAGCCAGGGGCGUCCUCACUGUUACUAAUUACAAACUUUACUUUAGAUCUGUAGACAGAGACACACCUAAUGUAAUGGAUGUCCCUUUGGGUGUGGUUUCCCGCAUUGAAAAGGUUGGUGGGGCUUCAUCUCGAGGUGAAAACGCCUAUGGUAUAGAGGUGUUUUGCAAAGAUAUGAGAAACUUAAGGUUUGCUCAUAAACAAGAAAACCAUUCGAGAAGGGAUGUGUUUGAAAAACUACAGCAAUUUGCAUUCCCCUUGUCACAUAAACUUAAACUUUUUGCAUUUGAGUACACAGCAACAUUUCCAGAGAACGGUUGGAAUGUAUAUGAACCAAUAGCAGAAUUAAAACGCAUGGGUGUUAAUAAUGAUAUGUGGAAAAUAACGAAAAUAAAUGAAGAAUAUAACAUAUGUGAUAGUUAUCCUGCAGUUUGGGCUAUACCAGCCCAAGCUACAGAUGAAGAUGUGCAAAUUGUCGCUAAUUUUCGAAGUAGAGGACGAAUACCUGUUUUAAGCUGGAUUCAUCCUGAAUCCCAAGCCACAAUUACCAGAUGUGCACAGCCUCUUGUAGGAGUGAGUGGUAAAAGAUGCAAAGAAGAUGAGAGAUACAUCCAGCUUAUAAUGGAUGCCAAUGCCCAAUCCCAUAAAAUGUUCAUAAUGGAUGCAAGACCUAGUGCAAAUGCCAUAGCAAAUAAAGCCAAAGGAGGAGGCUAUGAAUCUGAAGACGCUUAUCAAAAUGCAGAAUUGGUUUUUCUGGACAUUCACAAUAUUCACGUGAUGAGAGAAUCCCUGAGGAAAUUAAAAGAACUUUGCUAUCCAAACAUAGAAGAGGUCCGCUGGUUGUCUGGUGUAGAAUCCACUUUUUGGCUUAAACAUAUAAAGUGCAUUCUAGCUGGUGCUGUGAGAAUCGUGGACAAAGUAGAGAAUCACAAGACUUCAGUUCUGGUACAUUGUUCUGAUGGUUGGGACAGGACAGCACAGCUAACUGCCCUUUCCAUGCUUAUGCUUGAUCAAUAUUAUAGAACUAUCAAGGGAUUCGAGGUAUUAAUUGAAAAAGAAUGGCUUUCUUUUGGUCACAAGUUUCAACAGAGGGUUGGUCAUGGUGAUGACCAUCAUUCAGAUGCUGAUAGAUCUCCCGUUUUCUUACAAUUCAUUGACUGCGUUUGGCAAAUAACACAACAGUUUCCAAAUGCAUUCGAAUUUAACGAGUAUUUUCUAAUCACAAUAUUGGACCAUUUAUAUUCAUGUCGAUUUGGUACUUUUCUUUUUAAUAGCGAACGAGAGAGGUUUCAAGAAGGUGUUAAAGAGCACACUGUAUCGCUUUGGUCUUACACAAAUUCCCAAUUGGACAUGUACAGGAAUCCCCUAUUCUGGGCAAAUCCUUAUCAGCAACAAGUAUUGAUCCCCAUAGCCAGUAUUCGACAUAUAAAACUGUGGAAGUCCUACUACUGCAGAUGGAAUCCUAGCAUGAGGACUCAGGACCCAGUUUAUCAGCGUACUAGAGAGUUAUUGUAUUUAAAAGAACAAUUAGAACGACAAGUUGAGGAAUGUCGCAAAGAACAACAAUUAAGACAACCCAGAUCUAACACGACGACAUGAUGUCUCGUGUAUUUUUCAUUAUCAAAAAUUCCCCUUAGAAACUUCACGAUCUUAAUAUUUUUCUAUUAAAAGAAUUAAAGAAGGAUCCAAUUAAUUAUACGUAUAUAAUGUACAUUGAGCAGCUAUAUUAUAUCUCAUGAUUAGUUUAUUUCCUUUUUACUUAUAAAUUCAGUGUUCUUUUACUUUUCUUCUAAUAACAUCUAUUCUAUGCAGAAUUGACGCAUUCGUAAGAAAACCAUUCACAUUAUAUUUUUUUAUAACUUUCUCAAUUACAAUAACAUAUUUGUUGGUGUAUUUUCAAUGAAGAAAGGUAUCCUAUAGUCAUGUUUUUAUAAAAUUAAUCAAAAUACGAGAAUUUCAUUGGUCGAAAAAUGUUACUUUCAUGGGAAUCCCUUGAAUUAGGCCACAAAAAAAAAUGAAUGGGAAUAAUUUUGGACUAAUCGUUUCGAUUUUUUUUAGAAUCAGUAUUUGCAAGUUCAAAUUGUUAUACAUGUGAUAUGUAUAUUAAGAAUUUGUAAUAAAUGUAAAGACUUAGCAAUUCUUAGAUUAGGAGUAUAAGGGAAAAUACCUGUGAGUAAUUCCACAAAGAUACAAUGAACUUAUUGAAUAUUUGGGUUGAGAAUUUGAUGUUAAUUUUACCAAAAAGAUAAUUUUUACUUUAAUUAACGUGAAUCAUUUUUGAAGCAUUAACUUUCCGCUUUAUUUUCAAGUUUUAGUUUUGUAAAAUUACUUUUUAUCUCUAAAAGAUCUUUGAAUAUAUAUAUAUAUAUUUAGUUUGUAUUGUAUUUGAAAAAGACCUUUUUGGUAAUAUUUCAAGUGUAGCCCAACUAUUUAAAACUUUUCUAGCACUUAAGAUGUGUUUGUAUAACAAUAUUUAAUUUAUCUUCUAUUUUUCGUUAUGAAUAAACUUUUUUAUUUGCUAAUUUA